UCUCUUUACCUGCUCCCUCUUCGCCUCGUGAAAAUGUGCGGCCAGACUCUCCGCCAUGGAACAGGAGGAUAUCGCUAUCCACUGGCCAACAGACAGCGCGCGGUGCCAGUGAAGCACGUCCGCCCGCUUCUCGACAACCCAGAACCUUCGCCGCUGGCUGGCGUUAUCGCCCAGCUGCAAGCACACGACAAGGACCAGACGUUGGUCAUCGCGGAGCUGCGAUCGAGGCUCGAGAAAGCCGAGGAGAAGAUAGUAGAGCAAGCAAAGAAGCUUAACGCCGCACACGCUAAGGUCGAUGAUCUCCACACCAAACUCGUCAAUGAACAAGACGCGCACGCUAAGGGCUUGGAAGGAGCGCUCGAGGCACUCGAGCGCACCAAGGCGGUCAUACUCGAUAUUCGCAAGCGUGGCGCCGAGCAAGACACUGACGAUGAGGCUGAAGCUCCACCGAUGAAGCGCGCCAAAACGACGCAUGCAGACCCCUCAAUUGACGACCUUGACGACCCCUUAGUUGACGACCUUUCAGUUGACGACCACUGGUAA